GCACUCCGUGAAUAUUAACCCGCACACACAGGAGCUGACAGUGAUCACCGUCCAUUCACUGUACACGGGGCGAUGACAUGAGCCCGGAGCUCGGACACUCAGACAUGUCAAUUGGGAUUCUAUCACUUGGGAAAGAGGACAAUGAAGAUCAUUCAAGCCUGGUCUCUUUUUACCUUGGCUAUAGAGCUAAUGAACCUCACACACAAGAAAAUCCAGGUCUCAAGGUCUACCAAGCCUUAGUUUUGGGUCAUGUCGAGGUAGUGGUGUAUGAAUAUUCUGACUGGGACACAUUUGACAAUGACUCACGGGAAUCUCAGAACAGGCUACAAGAAACAGAUAUUGUUGUAAUCAAAUUCUCCGUCAAUGACAAGGCUUCUUUUCUGAAUAUAAAGAAUAAUUUUGUGCCAGUGGUAAAACAAAUCUACCGCCACAGCUUUGUUCCAAUUAUGGUGCUGGCCAUUGGUACUAGACAUAAUGAUGGUCCAUUCUGUACUUGUCCUAUGUGCUCCUCAGACAGAGAGAUUUCUGUCACUGCUAAUGAAGGACUUCAGCUCGCCAAGGACAUAGGAGCAACCUAUCUGGAACUGCUGGCUCUGAAUUACUUUUAUGUAGUGAAAUACUUUGGCGGAAUGUUGGAAUAUUACAUACACAAGACUAUCCAUCGCAAGUCAGCUGUAAAUGGAAAGAAAAGAAAGAGUGGGAUUAAACCUCCGGCCCUUCUUCUACCAGAAAAGAUGCCAGUUAUGAAGCACGAGCCUUCGCAAUAUAUAUCUGACAUUCAGGAUCUUCUGGUUCACUGCCAAUGUGUGGAUGUCCUCUUCUGUACAGCAGAGUUAAGGCCGAUCUCUGGAGCCCAUAGAGUUGUGCUGUGCAGUGUCAGUGCUGUCUUUGCUCUGUUGUUUGUCUCUACUUCUGUCAGGGAUAUUUCUGACCCCUGCAUAUACAGGACAGCACAUUCCCUGUUUUCUGUAUACAAAGAAUCUGCGGGCACUGCCCACAAUUCUCCAGUCAGAGUCAUUGUUAAAAACUGCGACUUCCAUGUGUGUUUACCCAACAUUCUUCACUUUAUUUACUCAGGUGCAUCUAAAUGGAAGCUGUUGGAACAACAGAUUAAAGAAAAACUAAAAGAUGAAGAAAAAGUGGAAAGUUUGUGUCACCUGGUACAAUGUGUGCUUAAGAAACCUGGUCAGGUAAGACCUUUAACAGAUGAAUCUUUUUCCCAUCGUAAGAAUCCACUUCAGCUGUGCGGGUCUCUUGGACAGUUUUUUAACAACCCAUUAUUAGCAGAUGUGAUCUUCCAAGUACAAGAUGCAAAAAUCCCAGCGCACCGAGCAGUGCUGUCAGCUCGUUGUAAUGUCAUGUCUGCCAUGUUCAGUGGAAGUUACUCUGAAGCCAAUCAAAUUCUUAUUCCUAUUCAUGACAUGCCCAAAGACACAUUCCUUGCUUUUCUGGAAUAUAUUUACAAAGAUUCCUAUUGCCCCGCUAGCAUUCUACAAGCCAUGUCACUGAUGAUUUGCUCUGAGAUGUACCAGGUGUCUCGGCUACAACACGUAUGUGAACAUUACAUCAUCACUCAGCUCCAGAGCAUGCCAAGCAGAGAGCUGUCAUCGUCAAGCCUAAGUGUGGUCUCGCUACUUAAAAAGGCCAAGUUUUAUAACUCUGAAAGCCUGUACACGUGGCUGCUCUAUUUUAUUGCUGCACACUAUUUAAUCUUCAGUCAGAAGUUGGAUUUUCAAGAUCUUUCAGCUGAAGAACUGGAGUUUGUAGAAAAACACAGGUGGCCUUCACACUUCUACUUGAAUCAGCUUGCAGAAUAUAGAAGAUAUAUCCACUCCCCGAAACACAGAUGUGUUGUCUUGUGAAUAGAGCAUGCCAUGUAUCCAGCACUCAUUUAUUCAGGUCAAAUCAGUUUUUUAUAUAUUUAUUUUUGCUAUGGCCUUUAACAUUUACCUUUAGUUAUGAUGGGAUAUUCCUCAAUCAAUUUACUAUGCUAAGC